CUCCCGACUCGUGUGUUGGAUGUCGGAAUCGCAGGUUGCGAGCACAUUUCGCUGAUAGAAUCCAAUGGCCGGCAUGGAAACUUUUGCGCUCUCAGCUAUUGUUGGGGUCCAAAGGGUACGCAAACCAUGAUUACAACCAGAGAUAACAUCCAUCAUCGCCUCGGUGGCAUUCCGUUUGGUAGCCUGCCAAAGACAUUUCAAGAUGCCGUCACUGUUACGCGCGCAAUCGGUAUUCGCUACCUCUGGAUCGACAGCCUUUGCAUCAUACAGGGAGACAAGCAAGACUGGGCAAACGAGGCCGGCAAAAUGGCAGGCGUCUACCAAAACGCACAUCUGGUCAUUGCCGCCUCCGGAGCUGAGAACCCAGAGCAGGGCUGCUAUUCGAGCCAGCGUCGGUGCCCAUACGCCGUAAGCGUGCCGUACUACUCAUCACGAGGCCGAAAAGAUGGCCUCAUGUGGCUCUCGGUACCUGUGCAAAGAGAGACGUCGCCGUACUGGGGACCGCUGAGACAAAGAGGAUGGGCCCUUCAGGAGUCCUGUCUAGCACGGAGGAUUUUGCGAUUUACGCCCGCUGGUAUGAUAUGGAGGUGCAGUGGGUUGAUGACAAGCGAAAGAUACAGCUUUGCCUGGAUUUACCCCGAAGUAUGGGAAGAGAUACUGGAGGAUUUCUCUGAUUGUAAGCUCACUUACAAAGAGGAUCGGCUAGUGGCCCUCGAAGGGCUAGGCCGGGCGAUCCAAGAGGUCACUCGCGACAAGUAUACCCUGGGCAUCUUCGAAUCAUCCAUUCCAGAGCAGCUUUUCUGGAUGCUGGAAGAUGCAGCGGACGAAUCGGAGGACCUGGCGGCACUGCCUUCUUGGCACUGGGCGUCA